AUGGAGGGAUUCAAACAGUGCCUAGAGAAUUGUAAUCUUUAUGACCUGGGAUGGAAGGCUAUGAUGUAUACCUGGACAAACCAACACACAGAUGAUACUUUUACCAAAGAAAGGCUUGAUAGGGUUGUUGCUAAUCCUUCAUGGUUGGAGAUCUUUAAAGAAAGGGUGGUGGAGACAUUGACUGCCAGGCAAUCGGAUCAUAAACCCAUUCUACUCGCCUUGUUUGAAAAUAAACCUCAUAUAAGGAAUAGAAGGAGACUAUUCAGAUUUGAGGCAAAAUGGAGUUUAGAUGAGGAAGGUGGAAGGGUUGUGGAAGAUGCAUGGAAAAGAACCUUGGAAACAAAAAAUUUAUUGAUCAAGGUUCAAAGAAAGUUGAAAGCAUGUAGUGGAGACCUUCUUAGAUGGAACUCUCAAAGAGCUAGUGAUGGAGAAAAUGAGAUAUUAAGACUGUCUGAGAGGUUAAAAAUGGAGCAAGAAAAUGAGAGUCCUCACAAUGUUUCUGUUGUGAGAAAAUUGGAAAAGGAAUUGGGUUUACUCCUUGAAAAGGAGGAUUUAAAAUGGAAACAAAGGGCCAAAAGAUCCUGGUAUAAGCUUGGUGACAAAAAUACCAAGUUAUUUCAUGAAUGUGCCAAUCAGAGAAGGAAAAGGAAUUGUAUCAGUGAGAUUAUAGAUGAUCAAGGAAGAUGUGUGAAAGAUCAUAAGGGAAUUGAAGAGGUGUUCUUCCAGUACUAUAGCAAUCUGUUCUCUUCUUCUAAUCCUUCAACAAAUGAUAUAGCUGCUGGUUUGUGGGGGAGUAGAGAGCAAGGUUUCAGGUUCAAUGAAUGA